UUCCAUGUCUGAAGCUGCUCUUAACUCAAAUAACCUCUUUGGGGUUUUGUGUUUAUAUUCAGUCUAUUUCCGGUGAUGAAUGUGAUCCCCCUUCACUCUCUCAGGUGUCAGUUCCUCUCUCUCAUGAUCUCAGUGAGUCCUCCUCCCUCACACUCUGAAGGACUCUGCAGGAUUUUAUGUGUCAUGGUCUUCUGCUUCAUUUAACGCUGUGUAGAGAAACAUGGAGCCUCCGGACUUUGAGGCUAUGAACUUCACGGUGGAUCCGGGUCCGCCGGGUUACCCUCUGUGUGAGGGGUGGAAGGAGGGCGCGGAGGGUGCCGUGUUCCACCUCUCCAACAUCCUCCUCUUCCUCGGCUUCAUGGGGGGCAGCGGCUUCUACGGAGUCCUGUACCUGUUCAGCUUACUGACCGUGGGCUUCUUCUGCUCCACGCUGUGGGCUUGGUCCGACUCCUGCACCACGGACUCGUUCCUGUGGACCUUCGCGCUGUUCGGUGCGUGUUUGGGUCAGCUGCUGCACGUCUCCUACCGGCUGAGGAGCGUCUCCUUCGAGAAGGACUUCCAGGAGCUGUACGCCUGCGUGUUCAAAAAGCUCGGGGUGUCGCUCACGCACUUCGGGAAGAUCGUGGCCUGCUGUGACGCAGAGGUCCAGAGCUUAGAGAAGGACCACUGCUUCGCCGUGGAGGGGAAAACGGCCAUAGACAAGCUGUCCGUGCUCCUGUCAGGCAGAAUCAGUGUGACGGUAAACGGAGAGUUUCUUCAUUACAUCUACCCGUUCCAGUUCCUGGACUCACCUGAGUGGGACUCCCUCAGACCGUCAGAGGAGGGAAUAUUCCAGGUGACCCUGCGUGCUGAUAACCCCUGCAGAUACGUGUCGUGGAGGAGGAAGAAACUUUAUCUGCUGUUUGCGAAGCAUCGCUACAUAGCGAAGAUCUUCGCCCUGGUUGUGCGUAACGACAUUGCAGAGAAGUUGUUCUCUCUGAACGACAAAGCCUUCGACAGCUCGGGACACCGCUACGAUCUCCGCUUACCCAGCUUCUGUCAUAUGGCCACGACGGACUUAGAAAAAACAGAUGUCUUCUUGCAAGUCCCGACGCAGGGAGAAAGGACGGCCUGAGCACACACACACACACACACACACACACACUGGCUGCCCUACUUUAAGCUGGACCGACUCACUUCAUGCAGCAGUUAGGGGCAAAGUAAGCCACGAUCUGAUCCAAGCAGUGAAUAAAUCUGUCAUAACAAGUACUAAAUCUGCCUGAAUUAUCACCGAAUAUGGAUUUAAGAGGAGAUAACAGACUUGUCACCAAACAUGAUUCCACGGGAACAGCCUCCAACUUGAUCUGUUUAGUAAACGCCUUAAAGGUGCGCUUAAACUUCCCUCAGUAGAGACAUAUUGGUGAUUGGCUCGACCUGAAAUCUGUCCGUCAAAUAAAACAUGAGCUUGCUGGUUGCCAGGCGGAGUAAAAAACGGAGGAAAGAUGUUGUCAUUUCAUUAAGGAGCUGUUCGCUACUUCACAGAUGGGCGUCUUUUUGCCAUGUUUGUGUUUGUCUACCUCGGUACUGUGAGUCUACCUUUCAAACAUCACAGUCGUACUUUGACUGAGGAGCUGAUGCGUCUGAAAAAGUUCUGUGUGUGUGCAAACAGCUGUCCACUCAUGACAGUUACUAAUGUGCUCUUAAACUGUUAUGACUUUUAUUAAAUAUUAGAUCAUGCUUUCAUUUUAAGGUCACAUAUCCUCCUCCUCUUCAACCAGUUGAAAUAAGUC